UCUGGCUUCUGGAGAGAGAGAAGAGAGGGAACACACUCCCUUUUUUAGCCAGACCCUCUGCCUCUCUCUCUGCCCGCCCAUGACAUCACAGCCUGAAGAGAGGCACGGCCAGGGGAGGAAUGUGACGGGGAGAGAAGUCGAAGAAGGAGAGGAAAAGGUUCUGGGAGAGAGGAAACGGAUAGACAGGAAAUCCUCCAAGGCAUCAGAGGAUGCCAGUGAUGAUCUGAAGAGAGACAGAACGGAGAGAAAGAGCGUCAGUUUCCUCGACUCUGUCAGUGUGAUCUCAGGAGACAGCAGUACCACCACCAGCACCAUGGAGGUGGACGCCCACCCUGAGAGCUGCUACCCCAGCCAAGGGCUCAACGGCCAGGGCAAAAAACACCAGACCCAGCCCCUGGACACAGAGGUGGCCCAGGAGAUAGCCUACCUGGAUGAGGUGUUGGAGGCUAACUGCUGCGACCCAGAGGUUGAUACCAUGCCAUUGCCCUCUAACGGGACAGCGAAACCUGAGAGAGACCCCAGGGAGGUCAAUAUUGACGGAACUGGGCCGUCCGUCCACGUCUCCAACACAGACACACAAUCCCCACAGACCAACCAUGAGGUCAUAGUAGAGGGGAGAAAGCAGACUAUCUUCAUUAAACACCAGGAUGUCAAUUACACCAAAAACAGCAAUAACACCAGGCCCAACGGCCACUCUGGACCAAUGGGAGGAGAGCAGGAGAACUACAGGAAGAAGGGAGGAGAGACAACAUCCCCCACUAUGACCACCAUCAAGAAGGAGGCCCGUUUCGAGCUGCGGGCCUUCCAGGAGGAGAAGAAGCCGUCCAAGCUGUUCGACCCGUGUGAGAAGGAAGUGCGCGUGAAGAAGGUGCGUCCCUCGGAGGAGGUGGCAGAGCUGGAGAGGGAGAGGUUGGAGCUGAUCAGGGGCCAGGCGGUAAAGAAGAACCCAGACAUGGGGACAAAGUGGUGGAACCCUCCUCAGGAGAAGAGUCUGGAGGAGGAGCUGGAGCCAGACAAACUAGAGUCACACAGGAAGUACGAGGAGAGGAAGCAGCAGAGGAGGUCAGAGUUCACUGGUGGGAUGUCCCAGACGUACGCCCAGUACUCCAUGGCCUUUGACCCUGGCUUUGACCCUGAGUCCAACCGGGACCCGGCAGAGGUUCUCCAGAGCACCAAGGAGGACAUCGUUGUGGAGCAGAUAGACUUCUCCGUCGCCAGGAAGCAGUUCCUCCAGAUAGAACAUGCCAGGCAGCAGCAGGCCGAGAGGUCACAGGUCACAGCCCCGAAGAGAGGUGUGGCACCUCAGCUCUACUCGGCCAAGCCCUUCUCCAGAGCACCAGACAGCAUCACCCAUGUGGAUAGAUCCUCCAGCUCCGUCACAGUGGGCUACAGUAGUUACCUGGGCUCGCCACUAGAGGCCAACGACGUCACCACCACCACAACUACAGUCAGGACAGAGGGGAUGUACUACAGCCAGGGAGAGGCCCAGUCCCCCACUACUACCUUGGGACAGGGAGAGGCCCAGUCCCCCACUACUACCUUGGGACAGGGAGAGACCCAGUCCCCCACUACUACCUUGGGACAGGGAGAGACCAGGAACAGUGGCCCCAAGGAGACCUCGAUGGAGAACAGAUACAGAGACGAAGACUUUACCUGCGCCAGGGCCAUCAUGACCAUCAUAAAAGAUGAGAAGGACUCUCUGUCCCUCCAGCAUCGUUCCUCCUCCCUCCACAGCCCCAGCGCCUCUCUGUCCUCCUGCAACCCCAUUGAAUGUGACUCCGGGCUGGACGAGCAGUCCCUGCGUUCCCUGGAUAACUCUAUGCUGGAUACCCUGUCAAAAGACUUCAGCAUGAAUAACGUAUCCGACAGUGGGGCGUCAAACGAGACCAUGUCGGCCUCCUACCUAGGGGAGACGUCUCUGGGGGAGUACUCCUUCCCCUCCACCCCACAGACCACUACACCCGUCAACGGAAAGAUGGAGGGAGGCACUACCAUGUCUCCUGGGGAGCAGAACGAGGGAAGUCAGGGUCUGUCGGAGCAAGAGCUGGAGUACCAUGCAGGUAUGCUGGUGCAGUGUAUCAUCCAGCACGCCCUGAUGAACCAGAACCAGUCUCAGCAGGGUGAAGAGUGGCAGGGGGUCCCCCGCGCCACCCCACAGUCCUUCCCCUACCCCCUCCCAGAGAGGCACCUAGACUUAGACGUCCUGCCGCCAUCUACUGGGAUGCUCUCACCUCCACGCCCAGAGCACCAGUCACCCACUCUACUAGACCACCCUCCAGCACUCCUAGACCUCCACUCACCUCCAUCCCCCCAACUCUGCUCACCCCCAAGCUCACUGCAGCAGUGGCCAACACCUGAUCAGUCCCUCCAGUCACCCCCACCCCAGUACCAAUCAAGUCCAUCACAAACCCCCCAGCAGCAGUCACCACCAGCUCAGUUCCAGUUAAGUCCAACCCAACAUCAGUCUCCUCCCCCAGAGCAGCAGUCCCCCCCAGCCCAGAUUGAGAAACCUACCAACGCCCCCCCUCCACGGAGGUCCUCUUCCGGAGGUCCUAAAAUCCUCAUCCAGUCCGCACUCAGUCGCUCACUGGCCCUAAACCCAGACCCCGUCCCAGUCCGCACCCCCGUCCACAUCCCUCCUCGCCAUGUAGAGCCCUACCAGCCUCCAGAGCUGUCGCCGACCCCCAGCGAGAAGGACCAGUUCAGUUACUUCUCUAAGUACUCCGAGGCGGCCGAGCUCCGCAGCACCGCAGAAGCCACCAGAACCCAGGAGACGGAGCAGAGCACCGGGCCGUUCAAGCUGCGCUCCCGGAAGCAGAGGACUCUGUCCAUGAUUGAGGAGGAGAUCCGUGCGGCGCAGGAGCGAGAAGAGGAUUUGAAGAAGCAGAGGCAGAGCCUGGGAGCGGUGCGAUCUGGACCGGGCCCCAGAACAAACCAGACAGGGAGGCCCAAGACAAUGCCUAUCAACUCCGCGGACAAGCAGAAGACCAACAGCCUACCCGCCAAACUAAGCCUCUCGGGCAGCCUGCCGCCCACAAAACUCACCAGCAAGACGGCACCAGGUAAGAUUGAGAAGAUUCGUCCUGUGCCUCCUGCUUCCCCCUCCUCGUUUGAGGGUCCUCUGCCCUCGCCUCUCUCGGACCUGGGCAGUGAUGACUCCGGGGGCAGCGGUCGCCCCAAAAACUUCAUGCAGACCCUGAUGGAGGACUACGAGAGUCACAAAGUGAAGCGCCGGGAGAAAGUAGAGGACAACAGCGUUCUGGAGGCCACCCGCGUCACACGCAGGAAAAGCAACAUGGCGCUGAGGUGGGAGGCGGGGCUUUACGCUAAUGAGGAUGGAGAGGAAGAAGAAGAGGAAGAAGAAGAGGAGGAGGAGGAGUAGACAGUCCUCCCUUGUGUUCUGUGACUAUAAGGAAUGUAGGGAUAGAUGGAUAGAGGGAUAGAGAGAUGAAGGGAUGGAGAGAGGAGGAGACAGCAAGACAACCACAAGUAUUUAUUUUACUAAGUAUUUUGAUCACAUGACCUGUCACGUGACCUACUGGAUGGACCAACCAGGAAGUAACAUCCAGCCCCACACUGGAAUCCAGAGAGACCCAUGGGAUAUGGCUGGUUGAGUAUUGGUUCAACACAGAGACAUUACACUCUCAGAAAAUAAAAGAUGCUAUGUAGAACCUAAAAUGGUUCUUCAGCUGUCCCUGUGGGAGAACCCUUUGAAGAACCCUUUUGGUUUCAGGUAGAACCUUUUUCAGUUCCACGUAGAACCUUUUUCAGUUCCACGUAGAACCUUUUUCAGUUCCACGUAGAACCUUUUUCAGUUCCAGGUAGAACCUUUUUCAGUUCCAUGUAGAACCUUUUUCAGUUCCAUGUAGAACCCUUUUCACAGAGGGCUCUACAUGGAACCCAAAAGGGUUCUACAUGGAACCCAAAAGAGUUCUACAUGGAACCCACAAUUGUUCUUCCAAGGGUUCUUCCACAGGGAUAGCCAAUGAACCCUUUUUGGAACCCUUUUUCCCCCCAGAGUGUGUAAGCUUGUCAAGUGAUCCUAUUCUAUUAUCUCAGUGAUGUGGGGAAGGAUGUCAGACUCUGUGGAAUCACUGGAAACCAGACUUCGUCCCAAAUGGCACCCUUUUCCUAUCGUGCAAUAUGGGCCCUGUUUAAAGUAGUGCACUAUGUAGGGAAUAGGGUUCUAUAGGGCUCUGGUCUAAAGUAGUGCACUAUAUAGGGAAUAGUGGUCAUUGUCGACCUCGUGACUAUAUGUAACCUUCUAUAUUACCAGUAUUCCUCAGUAAGACAGGUGUUUAAAUAUAUAUUAUCAAUCUAGAUCUGCUUUAAAUGAGUUCCAUAUUUAUAAAGUAACACAGUAAGUCCUCUCCUCUUCCAUUCCUACCAUUUGAUGAUGGAACUUGAAACACACAGAUACAGUAUAUGUGUUAUCUAAACAGCAGACAUGAGUUCAUUUAACUAAAUGAGCUCAUUUAAACUGAAUGGCGUGUUUAGAUUGAAAGCAUUGGUUACUCGGAAGGAAGGAAGGAAGGAAGGAAGGAAGGAAGGAAGGAAGGAAGGAAGGAAGGAAGGAAGGAAGGAAGGAAGGAAGGAAGGAAGGAAGGAAGGAAGGAAGGAAGGAAGGAAGGAAGGAAGGAAGGAAGGAAGGAAGGAAGGAAGGAAGGAGAGAAGUGGAGAAAGCUAUCUUCAGGUCAUUUCUCAAUGAUUAAUAAUCACUUAAUUGAUCAGUUUGAUCAAUGAAGGAAGCGUUCAGGUGUUUAUAGAUGGAUGUGAUUAUCAGGGAGUUGAUGAGUGAACGGCCUACUAAUCAAUCAAGGAGAUGAAUGAGUUGAACAUGAACAUGCUUGUAGUCAUAGAUGUGCCUAUUAACAAUUAUCGUUGUUAUUUCAAACAAACUAUGCGAGAUGUCCCAAAUGGCACCCUAUUCCCUACAUAGAGCCUAUGGGCCCUGGUGAAAAGUAGUGCACUAUAUAUAGGGAAUAGGGUGCCAUUUGGGACGUAAGUCCAUUGUAAUGCAACGUAAGUGGUGUAGAAAUAUAACUGUUAUGGAGACAGUCAAAAUGGCCGCCAGUCCACCCAUGACGGCAUAAUUCAAAAUCUAUGGAUGUGAGACGAUAUACAUGUCUGUGAAUUUGUGUUUUUUUUGGACUGAACAAGACAAUAUCAUCAUCCAACUGGUUUCAAAACAGUCUGUAUUAUUAAGUAUUUCAAUGUCAGAUAUUUAAAAUAAUAAUAAUAAUAAUUGUAACCCACUGAUCAUUUCUGUUGUACCUAUAUCAGCAUUGCUUGUUAAAUAUGAGCUCUUCUCUGA